UGCUGGGUGGUUUUCAGUGAGGAGGCAAGCCUGUGUGUGCUCGCCAGGGAGGGAGAGAGAGUGUGUCUGUGUGUGUGUGUGAGUGAGGAGUGAGUGAGGGACAGAGAGACACAGAGAGAGAGACAGAGAGAGAGAUUGGUGCGGCUGAAGAGCCAGCCGGAGCUGGGAGGGAGACAGAGAACAGGACUGGGGCACACAGAGCCCAUCAGCAGCUUUUGGGGGCGUCCAGCGAAUGUGACCAUGCGGUCUACCACCGGAGCGGUGCUCCAGACGCUACUUCUGCUGUGGACUCACCACGGGAGCGGGGUCCUCGCUGGGAAUUCUUAUGAUUGUGAUGACCCCCUGGUGCCCGCCUUGCCUCCAGCCUCCUUCAGCAGUUCCUCUGAGCUCUCCAGCAGCCAUGGCCCUGGAUUCGCCAGACUGAACCGAAGAGAUGGAGCUGGUGGCUGGUCUCCUCUUGUGUCCAACAAAUACCAGUGGCUGCAGAUUGACCUUGGAGAGAGAAUGGAGGUCACCGCCGUGGCCACCCAAGGCGGGUAUGGGAGCUCCAACUGGGUGAGCAGCUACCUCCUGAUGUUCAGUGACAGUGGAAGGAACUGGAAACAGUACCGGCAGGAGGACAGCGUCUGGGGAUUUUCCGGAAAUGCAAACGCAGACAGCGUGGUGUACUGUCGACUCCAGCCUUCCAUCAAAGCCAAAUUUCUGCGCUUCAUACCUUUAGAGUGGAACCCCAAGGGCAGAAUUGGAAUGCGAAUUGAGGUGUUUGGAUGUGCAUAUAGAUCAGAGGUGGUGGAACUUGAUGGACACAGCUCCCUGCUCUACAGAUUUGAUAAAAAUCCCCUGAGCCCAAUCAAGGACAUUGUUUCUUUGAAAUUUAAAACCAUGCAGAGGGAUGGGGUUCUGCUCCACAGAGGAGGCCGGAGUGGAGACCACCUCACACUGGAAUUGAGAAGAGGCAGGCUCUUUUUACUGAUUAAUUCAGGUAAAACUAUUGAGAGAGGUGUCCGGGAAGCAAGCGGCUUAGUUGCCUUUUCGACAAUUCUGAUGAUGAAACAUCAGUCCAUUCAUGACGAUUACAGUCACACUUGCUAAUCACAGAUACUGAAGCAGAUUCUCAGAAAAUCACUAAACAGUAUUAUUGAUGCCAUUUUUCUUUCUAAGAUCAGCUUUGGAGGGAUUUCAGCACCUGGAACACCAGCGUCCUUCUUGCAGAAAAACUUCCAUGGGUGUUUAGAAAAUCUCUAUUACAAUGGAGUGGAUAUCAUCGACUUGGCCAAGCGAAGGAAACCACAGGUCAUCACAAUGGGCAAUGUGUCCUUCUCCUGUUCGCAACCACAGCCGGUGCCUGUGACUUUCCAGAGCGCCAGGAGCUUCUUGGCACUGCCAGGCAUUGCGGGAGAGGAUGCCGUUUCUGCCACUUUUCAAUUCCGAACAUGGAACAAGCAGGGCGGCCUGCUCUCCACGGACCUGGUCUCAGGAGGUCUCUUGCUCUUCCUUCAGGAUGGGAGACUUAGACUGACCUUCUUCCAGCCGGGGAGACUUCCCAGUGACCUCACAGCAGGUGCUGAAUUAAAUGAUGGGCAGUGGCAUUCCGUCGCACUAUCUGCCAAAAAGAAUCACCUGAGUGUGACAGUAGAUGGACAGGUGGCCUCAGCUGCUCCUUCCCUGGGGCCUGAGCAGAUCGACUCCGGUGAUGCCUAUUAUUUUGGAGGUUGUCCUGACAACAGCUUUGGAUCCAAAUGCCAAAGUUCAUCUGAUGGAUUUCAGGGAUGUCUGAGGUUCAUCACUAUCAGUAACAAAGCGGUGGACCUGAUUGCAGUUCAGCAGGGGGCCCUCGGGAACUUCAGCGACCUUCAGAUAGACUCCUGUGGGAUCACAGAUAGGUGUCUGCCCAACUACUGCGAGCAUGGCGGCGAGUGCUCCCAGGCUUGGACUAUUCUGUGUUCAAUUUAAAACUUAAGAAAUUCACUUUGUCCUCCAUUUAUGAUGAUUUUCCCUUUUACAGCUAUCUAUGAACAGUCAUGUGAAGCUUAUAAGCACAGAGGAAAUACUUCUGGGUUUUAUUAUAUAGAUUCGGAUGGAAGUGGCCCUCUGGGACCAUUUCUUGCCUAUUGCAAUAUGACUGAAACCGCCUGGACCGUCCUCCAUCACAAUGGCUCUGAGCUCACCCGAGUCAGAGGCACUCGGCCGGAGAGCUCCCACACUGGGCUUUUCCAGUAUGCGGCCAGCCUGGAGCAGCUCCAGGCCACAAUUAACCUGGCUGAGCACUGCGAGCAGGAGCUCGCCUACUACUGCAAGAGAUCGAGGCUUGUAGAUAAACAAGAUGGAGCCCCUCUGAGCUGGUGGGUUGGAAGAACCAAGGACGUGCAGACUUACUGGGGAGGUUCUUUGCCUGAUCUUAAAAAGUGUACUUGUGGAUUCGAGGGGAACUGCAUUGAUUCUCAAUAUUACUGCAACUGCGAUGCAGAUCGGAAUGAAUGGACCAAUGACACUGGAUUCCUUUCUUAUAAAGAACAUCUGCCCGUAACUAAGAUAGUGGUUACAGACACAGGCCGGCCGCACUCAGAAGCCGCGUACAAACUGGGGCCUCUACGCUGCCGGGGAGACAGAUCCUUCUGGAAUUCUGCCUCCUUCAAUACGGAGGCUUCCUACCUCCAUUUCCCCACUUUCCACGGAGAACUGAGCGCAGACGUGUCCUUCUUCUUCAAGACCACGGCCUCCUCCGGCGUGUUUCUGGAGAACCUGGGGAUCACGGACUUUAUCAGGAUCGAGCUCCGCGCUCCUGCGGAAGUGACCUUUUCAUUUGAUGUGGGCAACGGGCCUUUGGAGAUCUCGGUGCAGUCCCCCUCGCGCUUCAGUGACAACCGGUGGCACCACGUCCGAGUGGAAAGGAACGUGCGAGAGGCGUCCAUUCGGGUGGACCAGCUCUUGCGGAAGACGCAGCCUACACCAACGCACACAUUUUCUGUUUUUUUUUUUGUUUCUGUUUCCCUUUUAGGGGGCACGGCCACCCGGCAACGUGGCUUUCUGGGGUGCAUCAGGUCACUGAGGUUGAAUGGGCUGGCACUGGACCUGGAGGAGCGAGCCAAGGUGACCCCUGGCGUGGAUCCCGGAUGUAGAGGCCACUGCGGCAGCUACGGGAGGCUGUGUCGCCACGGAGGGACGUGCCGAGAGAAGCCCCAGGGCUUCUCGUGUGACUGCACCUUCUCUGCGUACACUGGGCCCUUCUGCUCCGAGGAGAUUUCAGCGUAUUUUGGAGCAGGCUCCUCUGUGAUGUACAGUUUUCAAGAACAUUUGUCCCUGAGCAAGAACUCCAGCUCCCACGCGGCUUCCUUCCACGGCGACGCGAAGCUGAGCAGAGAAGCGAUCCGAUUCAGCUUCCGAACGGCCCGGACCCCAAGCCUGCUGGUUUACCUGAGCUCCUUUUACAAAGAGUACCUUUCCGUGAUCCUGGCCAAAAAUGGUGAUUUUGCGGUUCGGUUCCGGCUUGGUUGGGCCCCGGAUCCUGACGUCAUUAGCUUUGAUUUUAAAAACAUGGCUGAUGGGCAACUUCACCACGUCAAGAUUGAGAGAGAAGAAGGACUGGUCUUUGUCGAGAUUGAUGAGAACACAAGGAGACAAGUCCACCUGUCAUCCGGUACAGAAUUCAGCGCCGUCAGGGCGCUUGUACUGGGCAGGAUUGUAGAGCACAGUGACGUGGACCAGGAGACGGCGCUGGCCGGGGCUCAGGGCUUCGUGGGCUGCCUCUCCGCAGUGCAGCUCAGCCACGUGGCCCCUCUGAAGGCUGCCCUGCAUCCCAGCCACUCAGCCCCCAUCACUGUUAAAGGACAUGUGACUGAGUCCAGCUGUGCGGCCCAGACUGGCACUGACGCCAUGUCGCGGGAAAGGACCCACUCAUUCGCAGAUCAUUCGGGAAAGAUCGAUGACAGAGAACCCAUAGCUAAUGCCAUCAGGAGGGACUCUGCGGUCAUUGGAGGUUUGAUAGCUGUUGUGAUCUUUAUCUUGCUUUGCAUCACUGCCAUAGCCGUCCGUAUUUAUCAGCAGAAAAGGUUAUACAAAAGAAACGAGGCAAAAAGGUCAGAGAACGUAGACAGUGCUGAGGCUGUUUUGAAAACUGAGCUUCAUGUUCAACAAGCCAUCAGUGAAAAUCAGAAAGAGUACUUCUUCUGAUUGGCAACGAUGCCUUCCCUUAUCAUGAAGACGGUUGGUUUUAAUAGCUAGGGGCUCUCUCUCAAUGGACACCCACGCGCGCGCGCGCACACACACACACACACACACACACACACACACACACACACACACACUCACACACACACACACAGAUGCUCUUAUGUGGGACGUCCAGGCCAUGGAUCUGCAAAACUGCCUCCUGCGCUCCUCCAGGCUGACGACGGCUUCCAGCACGGCCUGCUUCGAUAGCACGUGCCCCGUCGCGCUCGUUCUACCUAACAAGAACUUAGAUACGGCUCUGAAUCACCAACGGGUCCGAUGUGGUCUGAAAGAGAAGUUCCACUUGCUUCAAGACUAUGGUUUUUAAGUGUGAAAACUGUAACCCUGGUCUCUUAUCCAUGUGAUGCCUAGGUUUUGUUCAAGGGGAAGGUCAAACUUGGACCUCAGCCACCUUGCUUUAUUUGAAAACAUACUCUGUGUUCCUUUGAUGUCCCCCACGGUGUUACCCGCAGACCUGGAAAAGCUUCUCCGAUCCUGUCUGGCUGCCUUCGACUGCGUGCGUGGCCAGAAGUCUACAAAGCGCCUUUGCUUUUCUGUUUUGCGUUCCCUCCACUGCAUCAGUAGACUGGAAAGACGGUCUGUUGAUGCUGGUUUGUCCGCUUUGCUCUCCUGGUUUUUUACGGGACUUUUCACAAUGGUUUUGAAUACGGUGGGUUGUGAGCAUCAGCCUUUAACUAUGAACAUGCAGGACUCGUGUCACCAGGCUGACAGGGUGCAGUGGUUCUCAAUGUGUGAUGUCUUGCCUUUCCAAAGUUCUCUGUUUAAUUUGCUAUGACUAUUUACUAACGGCAGUAGUUAGGAUCCUGUCUGUCGCCAACCUCCCAAAGAAUGUGUAAUGUUUUUGGCUCAGUUUGCUUAUAUAAAAAGAACCAGUUAUGAACACUGCAGAAACUUAUUUUUUAUUGACAUCUGUAGGACUUCAAAGGAAUUAUAAUUCUGGGAAUAAUUCCCCCCAAGUCUUGGGUGAGUGUCGCUUUUCUUUAGAGUGAGUGUACCCUUCUUGGUCAUCAACUCCCCUGUGAUCUUCUGUGAUCAUGUUCUAUGGAACAUCUUGCAUGGAUUAGAAGAGACCAUGUGUGUGGGAGCCCUCGAUUACCUAUGUUAAAAUGUACCCCCUGUAGGUAGACAUUUCCGGUAGGUAUUUCUGGAGUAAGACUGCAACUACAUCAACGACUACAACUGCACAGCCAGUUCAUCUAAAGGCUGCCCACUCUGAGGCAAUGGGCACUAACCUGCUCACUGCUAGCAAAGAUGCUGGGGUCUGGUCCUCAAAAGUUACUAUGAACCGGAACUUUCUUAUGAGGGCAUAUGUGUACACGCUAGAUGAUCCAGGGAUGAUGGAGAUCCUUAGGGAACUGCUCCGUUGCUAAUAUUGAGGCAAUGGAAGCAAAAUGCUUGAUAUAACAUCAAUAAGAAUCUUGUUUAAAAGAUUGAAAAAACAGCAGGGAGAUAGAGGAUACUGUUGGAAGAUUGUGAUGAACUUUAUAUCAGGAAUGGUGAUAAUCAAGACAAGAAAAACUAAUUUCUUGAAAGACAAGCUGAAAUGCAAUAAACAGACUUUUUAAAUAAAUGAAGUGUAUUCCAUUUUCAGGCAGAGCUCUGGUGAUGUGGUGGUUAAAGUCCUGAAAGGUCAGAAGUUCGAAUCCCCCAGUUACAAGGAAAAUGUAGUAUGUUUGCAUACAGAUUCCAGCCUUAAAAGCCCUGUAGGCCCGUUCUACUGUAGGCCCGUUCUACUGUAGGCCCGUUCUACUGUAGGCCCGUUCUACUCUGCCCUUUAAAGUCUGAGUCAAUAGUAGUGGGAGAAGAUUGAGACUUUGGCACCAUUUUCUUGGAUUGAAAAUUGAGUUUUAAUUAUUGUCACCUCUCCCCAAAUCAACCUAUACAGUCAUUGUAAUUCCAAUCAAACACCCACAUUUUAAGAAGAUAAAUAGACACCUUUAUUCUAAAAUUAAUUUUUCACAUUGCAGAGGAAAAGAUACAGGUAGGCCAGACCUCUGAAUUCCAUAGCUGAUGCUAUAAUAAAGGUGCUUAAUGACCCAUAUUCCACGUGCCUGCUGUGUAAACAUUAGAUGCCUUCGUUGGUCCACACCAGGACAAUUGGGAAACAACAGAGGCUGGUCUUUCUUGUCUGCUUCCAGGCCGUUGCUUCUGUGAUUAGCUCUCUUUCUAAAGAGCAGUCUUUGCUCAUUGUUAUCCACAUUGAUGUUUCUGUAAAGGCCUGACUGAAUCUUAAGCAUCUGCAUGUACAUAGCCAUGGAUGAACAAGCUGUCAGGACAAAUGAGAAGCGUGCUUUGUUCACGUGUUUGUUGGUUUUGAUCUAAAGGCCUGUGGUGACUGGGGGUGGAUGGACCAGCUGAACGGUAGAGGAUGGUUUGGCUGGAGCGCUGAAUGGCCACAGCAGUCCAGCGCUACGUUCUUCACCAGUGUGGGCGUGGUGCGGCGGGGGCAUUGACCUGGAUGGUAGCUGGCAAGGAGACGGGGUUCCAGAUGGGCAUGCCUCACAGGCCUCGGUGAGCGUGCCUGUAGAUCCCACCUACAGGCACCUGAACACAGUGGGCAUUCUAUGCCAACCCUCUCGCUUUCUGAUUUGCCAAUUGCUUUUCCUCUGUCCUGUAUAAACAACAUCAUUGGAAUAAAAUGCAGAGUUUAUUUUAA